CUCUUUUCAUUCAAAAAAACCAGCGUUUCACAAAAUCACAACAAAACAAACUCUGCAAUUUUUUCUCAAACAAUUAUUUUUUUUUGUAAGCAAAAUCUUUCAUUGUGUCUGGAUUUCGUAGUUUUGGAGAAUGGCAGGAAAAGGGGAAGGACCAGCCAUUGGUAUUGAUCUGGGAACAACAUAUUCCUGUGUAGGUGUGUGGCAACAUGAUAGGGUUGAGAUUAUCGCUAAUGAUCAAGGAAACAGAACAACACCUUCUUAUGUUGCUUUCACUGAUACUGAACGUUUGAUUGGUGAUGCUGCUAAGAAUCAAGUUGCUAUGAACCCUGUUAACACCGUCUUUGAUGCAAAGCGUUUGAUUGGAAGAAGGGUGUCUGAUCCAUCAGUUCAAGCUGAUAUGAAGCUAUGGCCUUUCAAGGUUAUUGCUGGACCAGGUGAAAAACCCAUGAUUGUUGUGACUUACAAAGGCGAAGAGAAGCAAUUUUCAGCUGAAGAGAUAUCAUCUAUGGUUCUUAUUAAGAUGCGUGAGAUUGCGGAAGCCUACCUUGGUUCUUCUAUAAAGAAUGCUGUUGUGACUGUCCCUGCAUACUUCAAUGAUUCGCAACGUCAAGCCACAAAGGAUGCUGGUUCUAUUGCUGGUCUAAAUGUCUUGAGAAUCAUCAAUGAGCCAACUGCUGCUGCAAUUGCGUAUGGUCUUGAUAAGAAGGCGUCGAGUGUUGGGGAAAAGAAUGUUCUUAUUUUUGAUCUUGGUGGUGGUACAUUUGAUGUUUCUUUACUGACUAUUGAAGAAGGUAUUUUCGAAGUGAAGGCUACUGCUGGAGAUACCCAUCUUGGAGGAGAAGAUUUUGAUAACAGGAUGGUGAAUCAUUUUGUGCAAGAGUUUAAGAGGAAGAACAAGAAGGAUAUCAGUGGAAACCCUAGGGCUUUAAGAAGGUUGAGGACAGCUUGUGAGAGGGCCAAGAGGACUCUUUCCUCCACUGCCCAGACCACAAUUGAAAUUGAUUCGUUGUAUGAAGGUGUUGAUUUUUACACAUCUAUUACUCGUGCGAGAUUUGAAGAGAUGAACAUGGAUUUGUUCAGGAAAUGUAUGGAGCCUGUUGAGAAGUGUUUGAGGGAUGCUAAGAUGGACAAGAGCAGUGUCCAUGAUAUUGUUCUAGUGGGUGGAUCAACUAGAAUUCCUAAAGUGCAGCAAUUGUUGCAGGAGUUCUUUAAUGGGAAAGAACUUUGCAAGAGUAUCAACCCCGAUGAAGCUGUGGCGUAUGGAGCGGCUGUGCAGGCGGCGAUCUUGAGUGGUGAAGGUAAUCAGAAAGUGCAGGACUUGUUGCUGUUGGAUGUUACUCCUCUCUCCCUUGGACUCGAGACAGCUGGAGGUGUCAUGACUACAUUGAUUCCAAGAAACACCACCAUCCCCACCAAGAAGGAGCAAGUUUUCUCUACCUAUUCAGACAACCAGCCUGGAGUGCUAAUUCAGGUGUAUGAAGGAGAGAGAGCAAGAACAAAGGAUAAUAACUUGCUUGGGAAAUUCGAGCUGUCUGGAAUCCCACCUGCUCCUCGUGGAGUCCCUCAGAUCACUGUUUGCUUUGACAUUGAUGCAAAUGGUAUUCUGAAUGUAUCUGCUGAGGAUAAAACGACAGGGCAAAAGAACAAGAUCACAAUCACUAAUGACAAAGGAAGGCUGUCCAAGGAGGAGAUUGAGAAGAUGGUGCAGGAGGCCGAGAGGUACAAGGCAGAGGAUGAACAGCACAAACAAAAAGUUGAGUCGAAGAAUGCUUUGGAGAACUAUGCUUACAAUAUGAGGAACACUAUCAAGGACGAGAAGAUUGCUGGGAAGUUGGAACCAUCUGACAAGAAGAAAAUCGAGGAUGCAAUUGAAGGUGCCAUCCAGUGGCUUGACACCAACCAGCUUGCAGAGGCAGAGGAGUUCGAUGACAAGAUGAAAGAGCUGGAAAGUAUCUGCAACCCAAUUAUCGCCAAGAUGUAUCAAGGUGGUGUUGGACCUGACAUGGGUGGAGCUGGUGGCAUGGAUGAAGAUGGUCCUUCAGUGGGUGCUGGUAGCGGUGCAGGACCCAAGAUCGAGGAAGUCGAUUAAGUGGAAGAACUGGAGGUUGAGGAAUGUCAGUCACUGCUAGGGCUUGAAGUUGAUGGGGGAUGUGAAUGUUUAGUUUAGUUUGAGUUUAUGUUGCUUUGAUGUAAUGAGGGCACUGUAUCUGUAUGGCUGUUGGUUGAAGUUUAAGUACUUGGAUGGAAAAUUGCAGUUUUAGUUUAAAUUUUCAA